AUCAACAUCAACAUCGUCAUAAUCAUAUUACAGUUGAUGAUUGGCAAUCAAUGUCUGAUAAUUUUGCUAAUCAUUAUCAACCACAACAAUCUAAACAACAAUCAAAUCAACAAUCAAAACAACAACAAUCAAAUCAACAACAAUCAAAUCAAUAUGAAUAUAAAUCAUUAUCAUUAACAAAAGUAUCAAGAUAUUGUAAUCAAUAUGGUAAUUGGGAAUCAAAUGCAAAUUAUUCAAUAUGCGGUUUAGAUAAUGAUAAAUUGUUUCUGCUAACCACCGAUCAAUUGCAGAAAAUCUAUGAAAUUCGUGAACGUAUGAUACAUAGCAAAUUUACACAAAAUAUUGAAAGUGAAAAAGCAUUUAUCGAUUGUAUUGAUAAUGUAUUAUCAUUACCAUCAAAUUCUGAUUUGGCCAAACCAUACUGUGAACGUACAUUUGAUGGUUGGACUUGUUUCAAUGAUACUCCAGCUGGUGAAGUAUCAUAUUUUCCUUGUCCAGAUUUUGUAUAUGGAUUCAAUUCACAAAAUCAAGCACAUAAAACAUGUACAAAAGAAGGAAAAUGGCGUGUACAUCAUGAAACACAUGUACCAUGGACUAAUUAUACAUCUUGUGUUGAUAUUCCUGAUCUUAAUUUUCGUAAUAUGAUCAUCAAACUGCAUAUUGUUGGCUAUUCAAUAUCAUUGGUUGCAUUAUUAAUUUCGAUAACAAUUUUUGUUUCAUUCAAAACAUUAUCAUCACAAACCCGAAUACGAAUACAUAAAAAUCUUUUUCUAAGUUUUAUUAUCAAUAAUUUUAUGUGGAUCAUCUGGUAUUUAGUAAUACGAGAUGGAAAUAUUCUAUUUGAAAAUGGUUUUUUCUGUCAAGCAUUACAUGUUGUAUUACAUUAUUUUCUUGUUUGUAAUUAUUUUUGGAUGUUUUGUGAAGGCCUUUAUCUACAUACAAUAUUAGUAAAUGCAUUUGUAACGGAAGAAAAAAUACUUAAAUGGUUUUAUAUGAUUGGUUGGUGUAUACCGAUUAUAUUUGUUUCAGCAUAUGCAACAUUUCGUGCAAAUUCUACUGAUGCUAAAAAUUGUUGGAUUGAUGAAAGUCUUUAUACAUGGAUAUUAAACAUUCCGGUUAUUAUAUCAUUUGUGUUAAACAUAUUUUUUCUUAUCAAUAUUGUUCGUGUACUUGUUACAAAAUUACAAGCUGUCAACACUGCUGAUGCACAUCAUACAAGGUAUUUUUGUAAUUCGGUUCGAGCUACAUUAAUAUUGAUACCAUUAUUAGGCCUUAAUUAUAUAUUAACACCAUUUCGACCAGAAACAAAUGAUUCAGCAGCCAGAAUAUAUGAAAUAUUUUCAGCUAUUGUUUUAUCAUUACAAGGAUUUUGUGUUUCAAUGUUGUUCUGUUAUUUUAAUGGAGAGGUUUUAACUGUUUUAAAAAAAAGAUGGAAUCAAUUUUUAAUCGUCAGAGGUUAUACACAUAAUCAUCGUAUUACAUCACAUCAUGGUACUGAAAUAUCGAUAAAUCUUUCGGAUUAUGAAAUGACGAAUGACAAUUAUUCUCAUCAUCAUCAUCAUGACCGCAAAAAUGGUAAUCAUAAAAACAACAGCAAAAACAACAACAACAACAACAAUGAAUUGAUGCGUCUAAAGAAUUAGAGAAUUUUAAAAAGAAAGCAGAAUCAUCAUCAAGUUGAUUUCAAAUCAAGUUUUUUUUUUGUGAAUAGCAAUCAUCAUCAUUGUGAUUAUCAUGUGAUUCUUUUAAAUGAAUAUAGUAAUCCUAUUUAUUUACUAAUUUUGAUUAAAGAAAAGAGAAGAGAAAAGAAAAUCCUUGCGAAAUUCGCAAAAUCCAAAUCAAAAAAUGUACGAAAUGGCUGGCAAUUU